AUGACACGAACUGCCCACCUCUGCUGCCUCUUGGCCCUCUCGGUAGCAGGCCUAGCCCAAGGCAUUGGGAGCUCCCUCCGAGCCCAGGACCCAGGUACCUGGCCACUGGAGCUGAAAGAGGUCUUCAGGUUGUUCCAGAUCCAGUUCAACCGGAGUUACUCAAACCCAGCAGAGCAAGCUCGCCGCCUGGACAUCUUUACCCACAACCUGGCCCAGGCUCAGCGGCUGCAGGAGGAGGGUUUGGGCACAGCCGAGUUUGGGGUGACUCCAUUCAGUGACCUCACAGAGGAGGAGUUUGGUCAGCUCUAUGGGCAUCGAAGGGCAACUGGAGGGAUCCCCGUGGGCAGAAACGUAGGGUCUGAAAAUCAGGGGGAGUCAACGCCCGCCACCUGUGACUGGCGGAAGGCGGCCGGCAUCAUCUCUUCCAUCAAGGACCAGAAAAACUGCAACUGCUGCUGGGCCAUGGCGGCUGCAGGUAACAUCGAGUCCCUGUGGGGCAUCAAACACCGCCAGUCCGUGGAAGUCUCUGUGCAGGAGCUGCUCGACUGUGACCGCUGUGGGGAUGGCUGCUCGGGGGGCUUUGUCUGGGACGCGUUCAUAACUGUCCUCAACAACAGUGGUCUGGCCAGUGAAAAGGACUACCCAUUCAGGGGGGACACCAAAACCCACAGGUGCCAAGCCAGGAAGUACAAGAAGGUGGCCUGGAUCCAGGAUUUCCUCAUGCUGCCGGACAACGAGCAGAUCAUGGCCCACCACCUGGCCACCCAUGGCCCCAUCACCGUGACCAUCAACAUGAAGCUACUGCAGCAAUACCAGAAGGGUGUAAUCAGGGCCAAGCCCAGCACCUGUGACCCCCAGCAAGUGAAUCACUCCGUCCUGCUGGUGGGCUUUGGUAGGACCAAGUCAGUGGAGUGGGCAGAGACAGGCUCGUUCCAGUCUAAAUCUCGCCGCUUCACCUCGUACUGGAUCCUGAAGAACUCCUGGGGGGCCGACUGGGGCGAGGAGGGCUAUUUCCGGCUGCACCGAGGGAGCAAUACCUGUGGCAUCACCAAGUACCCGCUCACUGCCCGCGUGGACCUACCAGUUAAGAAGCACCCAGUCUCCUGCCCUCCCUGA